AUGCUCGGCAGCGGAGUCCUAAACCCCCGCUGUCGGAGUUUCACGAGCGCGCCGGCGCGCUUCCCUCGCCUGCGUCGGCUGGAGCGCUUGUAUAGGAACGCAGCUCCUCCGAUUAAAAUGUCCAGUAAAAGCUGCUUCAACACAUUUGAUGUUUCUGAUGAGAGAUUCAGAGACAGACUGAAGCUGGACAAUCAAACUGGAUCUCUGUCCAUCACAAACAUCACAACUCAACACGCUGGAGUUAUUAUAAGUGGAGCACAACGGCUGUCAAAAACAUUCAGUGUUUCAGUUUAUGCUCAUCUGUCCACUCCUAACAUCACCAGAGACUGUUCUUCAUCAUCCUCAUCAUCCUCAGAGCAGAAUUGUUCAUUGCUGUGUUCAGUGGUGAAUGUGAGUGAUGUGAGUGUCUCCUGGUACAGAGGACAUAGUUUAUUGUCCAGCGUCAGUGUGUCUGAUCUCAGAAUCAGUCUCUCUCUACCUCUGGAGGUGCAAUAUCAGGAUAAAAACACCUACAGCUGUGUGAUCAACAAUCCCAUCAGCAACCAGACCACACAUCUGGACAUCAGCACACUCUGUCAACCAUGUGCAGAUCAGAUCCUGCCCUUAUUGUACAGCGUGCUGAUUGCUGCUGGAUCUCUGUUGAUUGUAGCUGCAGUCGUGAUGUGCUGCGUCUGCAAGAAACAGAGAAAAACAGUCCAGACCCAGGAGGAAGACAGAACUGAUUCAGCAUCGUGUAAACCAACAACUCGAAGAACGGUGAGAUCAUUCACGACUGUGUUGCAAGGAAAGUGCGGUCGGUUAGUCAGACUGAAGCUUGUUUGAAGUUGUGUGUGCCGUAUGCAUCAGG